AAAAAUUGUUUGGCCCUCUCUCUCUCUUUUCUUGGCGGAUUCGACAAAAAGAGCCUUUGGUUUCGAAAAAAUUGAUAGCCGGAGCCUCUGGUUUCUCCGACGAGAAGAAAUGUUAUUCUCUUCCCCUCCCGUCGCUCUCUAACGAUCAGGUGCACGGAUCGGUUUCUGGAUAGGAUUCUGUUUCGAGCGUUAGCUCGUCUGGAUCGGGUGAAGAUCAGAGUCAACCCACUGCUCCUAGGAAAGUUAACAGCUUUGAUUCGGAAAAGCAUCUCUUCUCUUCUGCGAAUAUGGCUCCGCCGACAGGUGAAACAACGGCGGCGGGAGGUGAUGCUCAGCCGCAGCAGCAACGACAAGCAGGUGGGUUUGGGCAGACGAUAACCGCAGAAUCAUUCGAAUCGCCGUCUUCUGCUACUUCGCUUCGAAGUUCUUUUCGCCGAAACAGAAACCUGCGGAUCCUUCUAAGCCUCCGCCUCAUCUUAUGUCCAAUCUCUUUCAGAGCCCUUGAGAAUGAUAAAUUCAAUGACUUUGGGAACGAUGGUGCGCUCGUUUGGCACGAGACCAACAUACCUUAUGCUGUGUGGAAGCCAGCGAGCACUAGAACCUUGUCGAUGAAGUAUUAUCCAUCCGAGGCACUGAAGAAUAAUGGGAGUCUCUAUGCUCAGGUCUUCUUUGCUCGAUCUAGUUUUCCUAUUGAUCCUAACGAUCCUGAGUUGAGGCUUCGCAGGAGGUUGAUGGGCAUGACUUGGAACUGAAGGAUGAGGGCCCUGUGGAAUGGAUAUCUUACUGGAAACCUAAUGUCACCAUAAAAACUCAUAGGAAUGUCUGAAGCAACUCGUAGAUCACACCUUAUCUUCUGUAUAUGUCUCAACACUGUUAAUAUUGGUCACACCUGUAACACUCUGUAUAUGUCUCAACACUCUUAAUAUUGGUCACAUGACCAUCUCACCGAUGGUAUUUAUCCGAACUGGUCAACUUUUAUCCAAUCUAUUUCAU